GUUUAAUGAAAAGGCAGAGGCAGUGGUCCCUUGCUUCAAACACCUGGUCCAGGCCAACGUUCGCAACAAGAAGAUCUUCAAAGAGGCUGUGAAGCUCAUGCAAGCUAAAGGCACCACAGACUAGAAGUCUGGUUUCCACUUUGCCUUCAAUCAGCUACUAAACAAGACCAAUGUCCCGCGAGCUCAUGCAAUAAAAUUAUCAUGCUGUUCACUGAUGGAGGAGAGGAUCGAGCUCAGGACAUCUUUGAGCAGUACAACUGGCCCAACAAAACGGUGCGGGUCUUUACAUUCUCUGUGGGGCAGCACAACUAUGAUGUCACACCCUUGCAAUGGAUUGCGUGUGCCAAUAAAGGUUUCUAUUUUGAGAUCCGCUCCAUCUGUGCCAUAAGGAUUAACACCCAGCUGGAUGACAGGCAAAGAUAUAAAGUUGGACAAACUUUACUGAGCAUCUUUCCAUCAGCAACAGCACAUAAUCAUGAGUACCUGGAUGUGCUGGGCCGCCCCAUGGUCCUGGCAGGCAGCCGUGCCAAGCAGGUUCAGUGGACCAAUGUCUAUCAGGAUGCCUUGGACUCAUCCAUGAACAUUGAGGAAUAUACAUCACAGGCUUCAUUAGGAAAUAUGUUGGUAACGUUGUACCCACAAUAUCAAUCCGGACCAGUGGAGGCUGAUUAGAGGACUUUGAUACAAAACAUAGGAGGCUGGUGGGACUCACCCCCUUCCAUAGACAUACAUGGUAAUUAUGACCACUUCUGGAGGGCGUCCUCCAACCAAUCAAAGAUUUUGCAGUACUCUUUCUCAGUGUUAACAAAGGCUCUACUAGAGUCACAUGUUGUCCAUCCAAUCAUAGAUGUAGGAUCAGAUAAUGAACCUAGUGUGUUGUAUUGGGAUUGUGCCACAGAGCAUUAUGGGGGUUCUAUGUGUUGAGAAGCUUGGUGACAUUGUUAGAUAGAGAUUAAGAGUGAAGAGUAAUAGUUAAGCAUUUUUGGGACAUUAUUCAAUCGAAAUUUGUUUUUUCAAAUUACAGGAGAUGGAGGAGGUAUAUUAUACAUUGUUUUCUUGGGUUUAGAACUUUAUUUUUGUGUCCAGUUAGUGCAAUUUAUUUAAAUUUGCCUUACUAACUUCAGUAGCUAGCUAACUGUUAGCUAUUAGCGUCAGAGUGCAGUUUUCUCUGCCAGAAUGGUAGAAUGGCCAACUCUGCCGAAAAUGUUGUGGACCUUUUGUUGAAGAACCCGUUUCAUUCUCUGGGGUACACGGAAAAGGUUUGAAAUAAAAGCAAGGGUCGAAUUCUGCCUGAGAUCAGUUUCAUGAAGAAGGGUGAAAAGGUGAGGGCGUUCAAUACCAACUGGUAUCAAAUGUAUUAGUCGGCUCUUGUAGGUGAACGUUGGGAGCCAGCUCGCAUAUCAGAAGAGCCGAAUCUAUUUAUAAAAAUAUUUAAAAAUUAAGAUAUGAAUAAUCAAAAGAUUUAAAUGAAUAGAAUGAACUAAUUCAAAGAACGAAAAAAUAAAUAAUAAUAUAGGCCUAAAUGCUCAAGCGCACACACAUUCGUUCUGACUGUCUGCUCAGACUAACGGCAUCACCUGUUGUUCCUGUCAAUCAGACACUCAGUGUCAACCAAUGAACCAAAGAUGUGUGAGGGAGGGCCGAGCCAACUCACUCACAGUCACACACUUAGCAGCCGAGGAGAUAGAGGAAGUCCUCCUGUGAAAACAACAGCUGGAAAAUGAGUCGGAAGCACAGUAGCAUUUGGAUACAUUUUAGUAAUGUAGACAAUGCUAGAGCACAGUGUAGAAUUUGCCAAAACAAAAUCUCAUAUGAAGCCGGUUCUACGCACAACCUACACUGGCAUAUGCGAACUGUGAAGCUAGCUGUUACGGAGCUUCGAGAAACUAGCGGGCCUGCUAGUGAUAGUGGUGGAGCCAGCACCUCCACACGUGGAGAUGUAUCCACUCAGUAAAGUAGACCUACUCCGUGACCCACAGCAACACAGUCUUCUAUGACCAGUUUAUUCCAAAGUCUAUGUCUAUAGCAAAACAUGGCCAAAUUGAUAUUGCACUGGCUAAAAUGAUUGCCACCGAUUUCCAGCCAUUUUCGAUCGUGGAGGACAGAGGUUUUAGAAAUUAUAGCAAUAGUCUAAAUCCAAUUUACACAAUUCCAAGCAGGAAAACCCUUUCAAAAUCACUUAUUCCACAACUGUACGAGAGCACACAGGCUUCAGUGCGGGAAAGAGUCCAAAAGGCAACCGCAGUUUGCCUUACCACUGAUUGCUGGACAUCAAGGGUAACCACUUCUUACAUGUCAGUUACAUGUCACUUCAUUGAAGAUUUUUUGAUGUCUAGCUGUCUUCUGGACUGCUUUGAGUUAGCGACAGACACACCUCAGAGAACUUGGCAGAGGAACUGUUGAGAGUGGCCAGAGAAUGGCAAGUAGAUGGAAAAGUGGUCUGUGGUGUUAGCGACAAUGCAGCUAACAUAACCAAAGCCAUGAACAUUUUCAAAUGGACCCAUCAUCCAUGUCUUGCCCACACAAUCAACCUGAUUGUAAGAGAUGCUCUGAAGGUGAUGAAUCCCACAGUGGACAAAGUGAAAGAAGCUGUGGAAUACUUCCACAGGAGCACAGCAGGUGCUGAAAAAUUAAAGUCUACACAACGCCAGAUGGGGAUGCCUGAGCUGAGGCCUAAACAAGACUGCACUACAAGGUAGAAUUCAACAUUUUAUAUGUUGAAGCGGUUUCUUGAGUCAAAUGAUGCCAUCAUCUCUACCCUGAUCAUUGUCAAUGCACCUGUUGAUGCUCUGACCAAUGAGGAAUGGGAGGUAACCACAGGACAUGUGACAGAGUUGAUGGACACCCUACGUUCAUCAAUGGACAGAAAGUUCCACAGAAUGGAAUAUAAUCACGUGCUAUCAGAAACCGCUGCACUUGACCCCAGGUUUAAGAAGUUAGCCUUCAGUGAUGCCAGAGCGAUUGAUGAGGCUCUUCAAAGAAUAACCUCAGCAGCAUGGAGGGACAGCCCCAUCAGUCAGCUGGCUCAGGCACCAGGGCAACAGGAAGAAGAGGGAUCAGAUGCAGCACCAGCAGCAGUGCCACACACGUCUGCUGUUUGACGAGAGAGCAACUGGGGUUGCAGCACGAAGGAAUCCCUCAGCAGAUGCCAUAAUGGAGGUCCGAUCCUAUUUGGAGGAGCCCCUCCUCGAAAGAUCUGCAGAUCCUCUGAGCUGGUGGAAGAACAAGGCCUCUGUCUACCCACGGCUUACUAAAGUCAUGACAGGGAUACUCUGCAUAGUGGCAACAUCCGUUCCCUCUGAGAGGGUCUUCUCGAAAACGGGACAAACAAUUACUGAGAGAAGAAACCUCAUCAGCCCCUCAAGUGAUGCAUUUUGCAUUUCUGAAUGCAAAUCUCUCAUAAAAGCAAGAUAUGGUCAGCAUUGCUGUGUGCUGCUAGUUAUAACAUGGCAAUAAAGAAGAGAGAGAAAAGAGGGACCAGUUUAAUGUUUUAAGUGGGAUGCUGCAGUUUUGCACAUUGUUAUUUAUUUUUCUUUGACACGGUACAAUAUUCUAUUAUUAUGUUGUUCAGAUUGUAUUAGUUUUGAAUGGUUAGAUUUAUAUGCACUUUGUUUGUAUACAUUAAAAAGUUAUACUUUAAAUGCAAAUGUUUAAUAGCAUUAUUUUUCAUAACAAACCAAUGCAUUGUUAAAUACAUUGUGGUUAAGGUAGAGUAUGAUUUCGUUUAAUUAUUUAAUUAGAAAUGUUUUAACACCAAUCAUAGUCAAACUAUCGCAAACUGUUUGACUUGAAAAAAAUACAAAACAUAUUUUUUUUAAAGAGCCGUUUGGGAGCCAAAAUAGACGGCUCUUUUUGGUGAGCUGAGCCGAACGAGCCGGCUCACUGAAAAGAGCCGCAAUGCUCAUCACUAAGUUUGGUCAUUCUCAUUGAAAGCAGGUCUACGCCGUAGAUCUGUACCAUGUGCGUUAUUUCUAUACGUCCCGUUAACAAAUUUCGUGUUUGCAUCUUUUACUUUCGGUUUUGUACACCAGCUUCAAACAGUGAUGUUAUGUUUGAUACCGGUUUGGUGUUCGGGUGCAGAGACGCAGAGUGAGGGACAGCAUGAUUCGUGUUAACCCGAGGCCAGAGCCAUGUCUCAGAGGCUACCUAGAAGGUCAUACCGUGUUACUGGGCCAAACUCGUUAUGGCACCUUGAUGGAAACCACAAACUGAUAAAGUAGAUGUAUCUUUGUGAUAGACACAAUUAUCUAUAUCACUGGUGAGAAGUAGAAGUACAUUGUAACAUCUCAAAUUGUUCAACAACAGUUCAGUUUAGCAAGCAAUGGCCCAGUAUGUCAAUCAUGUCGAUAAUAAUUGUUUUAUUGUGUUUCUGCUACUUCUGUGAUCAAUAGAAUAUCUGCAUCAUGAAAUUAACAAACAUGCUUAUAUUGAGGACAUACGGAGACAAAAAUGGUUGGAACAAAGUAUUUGUUCUUAAGGGUGAAAAACAGGAGAGUCUGUCCUCUUGAGUCAUUAACUUGAUUCAUUAAUAACAUUGUUCCACAUUUUGGAUGUUAAUUUAAUAUAUGGUCUGCUGUUUUGCUAUAUACUGCAGGAACCUGAUGCAGCAUCUAAGUGGUAAAGGAGGAUGGUGAUGUUUGUAUAUUUCAUGUUUUCGGCUUUUGUAUCAACCAGUGCUGUGUUUUCUGAUUUAGGUGGAGGACAGUCAUACAUGGUAGCAUUGAUGGGUGCAGCUGCCUCGUUGUGCUUCUCUGUGCUUCCAGCAACAAUCACAGCAGUAUUGUAAUGGAUUGCUAUAUGAAUGCUGUCUCUAGAUAUGGCGUUCCCUCCAGUUAGGACGGACUUUCUGUAAAUCAUUUUCAGAACGCAAUCACAUUGUUUGACAGCUUUAUUGCUUUCUCCAUGUUUUUGAAAUGUAUAAGCCUUUAAAUGACCUUUUACAGACGACUUCUACAAACGAGGCUACACUUGUGGCAGCACCUAUUCCUGUGGCACCCCAUCUUCUGCACCACUUCUUGUGGCUCCCCUCCACCUAUA